GAUGGAGGAGAAGGAGAAGGAGAAGGAGAAGGAGGGUGGUGGGAAAGAUGGGGAGGAGGCCGGAAGGGAGAAGAAGCCAUAUGGGCAUAUUAGGGAAAGAGUGGUUGUGCUGGAAUGGUCGUCGCCCGCUAGCCACAGUCUUGGGAGGGCGGUGACGGGGCAGGCGAAGGACAGGCCGGCGCGGGGGAAAGAUUGGUUGUUGCCCGAAGAGGCGCUGUAUUUGGUGGAGAGGGGGUCGUUGGACCUGUGGUGGCCGUUGAAGGGGAUUGAGGAGAUAUUCCCUCCGGAGGGGAUGGCAGUGGAAGAAGAGGCAGAAGAGGCGGAUGAGUACGAAAUGGGAUUCCCGCUGAGCCUCCAAGCUGCUUACGCCCUCCUUAUCGGAAACGACGGCGAACGCGGCAAGAUCAGCCUGCAAAAGUUUCAAGUCUACUCCAACCUCAAGCGAUGCGGCUACAACGUCCUCCGGGCGCCGCCCGUUUCCAGACAGCCAACGCCUCCCACGAGAAUGCCAAUAACGACCACUCUCUGGCAAUGGUUUAGCACCCUCCUCACCACCUCGCCUCAGCACCUCCCCUACGGUCCGCUCGUCCAACCGGGCCUCUACCGCUCUUACGCCUCCAUCUACCGCCAAAUGGCCCUCCUUCCACGCCAUAAACCCUCCACUUCGAGCCAGCAAACAAUCACCACAGCCGAACCAUUCACGAUCCACUUCCACAUCUGGAAGGCCGCGCAGAAAUGGACCAAACUGCGGCACCCGCCGCCGGAUUUCCGGCUCGCCGUCGUCGACGCCCAGCAGUCCGCCGUGCCUUCCCUCUCCGAGAUAUCCGCCUUGCUCGCGGCGACCCCGCCCGCGCCGGGCAAGCCGGAGUGGACGGGACACCCCGGCCGGCUGUACGCGCGACUCAAGCACGGGCACCGCAACGUGCUGGUGGCGGUUGUAGACCACGGGGUAAUCAACUACAUGCGCUGUGCGGAGGCGGCGUUUGGGCUGGAGGAGCUGUACGCGCGGUUUGAUGCGCCUAGAGGUGCUGGGAGAAAGACUGGUGGCGGUAGGAAUGGGAACGGCGGGCGCGGAGGGAGAGGGGGUGGACGGGGACGGGGACGGGGGAGGUAAACGGAUAACCUAGAGAGCAAGUAGGCG